ACUUUGGCAGGCCUGCCAGAGACCCAUCAACCUCCUCGCGAUGCUGCAUCGUCGAGCAGGCUGGCGGAUUGUUUUUGUGUGGCGGCUGUCGUGAGAUUUCGGACGUGAGGCAUGCCGCAUUUGUGACGAUCGACGAUAAUCACGGUGGACUGAGAGAAUCCCGUCUCCGGAAUGUGCGAUAACUUUUGGGAACCCUUGGCCGAGAUCUACAUCGCGGAUCGGGAGUCCUCCGAUCCCGAUGAUUACAUUUACUGUCUUUGCAGCCGAAUAUUUAUCCGGAAUCCUGAGAUUUAUACUGUCUUAGCUUCAGAAGAUGCUAGCGAAGGAGAAGAUGGUGACAGGGAUUAUGUCGGGGAAAUGGUAGAUCUUUGCAAGGGAUCUGGAGUAGAGACACAAUCUAUAGAAAAGCAUGAUGAAGAACCAGUAAGCUGUUAUUGUAGCGCCUCUCACACAGAUAAUAAUUAUUCUACGGACGAACAUGACUCCGUACGCGAUUCGGCUCACUGGCCCACUGCACAUUCCUUGACUCAGAAAUUAGGUCUACACCAAUCGGAUUCUGGUGCAGAUUUAUCUGAAUAUCAUGAUCAACAUGAAGCAAAAAGUAUACAGAAUCUUGUAGCAUCUUAUGGAAAAACUUUCCAAACUAUAGAGACUGAGGUUGAAAACAAUUGUGAAAAUGUAGAAUUACUGGCAGAGUAUAAACAUACAGAUGACAAGGAGUCAAUGGUACAAAACUUAUCAGAUAGUACCGCUGUAUUAAAUACAGAAGGAUACAACAAAGAUCUCAUUACACAAUAUGAUUAUGAUUCUUACGCUUAUCCCUGUUCUACAGAUUAUGGAAAUAAUAAGAGUGCAAUGGACAUAGCAUGGGGCAAAUUUUGGGCUAAACAUGGAGAGCAAUUAAUCUGGGCAUCCUGGAUCGAAAAAUACGCAGAUUAUAUCAAUCCUGAUUAUUUUCAAAAUAAUGCACGCACAAUAGAAGACGAAAAAUUACAGGAUGCAGAGAUUAAUGAAAUAGCCAUAGAAAGAUAUUUCGAACAAAAUACGUGUUUCCCGACGCAAGCACAUAAGAAUUGCGAACUUGUACGUUCUAACUUUGCAGGGAUUUUCAACAAAAGUUAUUCAAGCGACAGCGAAUUAAAGCCAGCAGCAAUAUCUUCCUCGAACACUAGCUUCUCGUUUGAACAGAUGAAUAGACAAGAGGUUAAUGACAAAGAUGCGGAUGAAAAUAGGAAAAAAAUUAUCAGUUUUGAGAUAUCAGAAGACGGUGAUGGUUGGAAUCCCUUAAGUCCACUCAGUAUAGAAGAAAAUUAUGUUCACCAUUCUAAUGCAGAAGACGAAAGAUUAUUAACGAGAUGUGACUCCAUUAGUGGUUCGAUAGCAAAAACAAAUGCAACUUCCGAUUCCAUGACUAAUGUUACUAAAAUGACAUUAACUAGUUCCAGUUGUGAUUCCAAUUCUGUUCAUUCGUCUAGUCUCAUCACUUCCGUUACGAGUUCUAUAGAAAGCAGUAUGACUAGUAGUAGUUCCGAUCAAGAAAACGAAUUUUCAGUAGAAGAUAACGAUAAAUAUUGGCAACAUCUGUGGAAGGAAAAUUUUGAAACGCAAUAUCAAAGACAGUACGAAUUAUUCAUAGCAAAUUAUAAAAAGGAACAUUUAAAACGGAACAAUUUAAAUCAGGAUUAUUUGUAUUUUAACACGUUGAAUGAACCAAUUGGGGAUUCAAUUGUACUUCAACAAGAUGAAGAGGUAACACUUCAAGAAGAGAAGAAUAACGAAGAAGUUUCAAAGAUCGAUAUUUGUGAAAAUCAAAGAAAUGAGAACACAGAUGCUGUACAAAUUAAUUCAACUAUAUCAAAUAAAAUAAAUUCAUCUGGAAAUAAAAACUCGAGAAGGAACAAUGCCAAGUCUAAGUCGAAGACACAGAGGCUAAUUAUGGAUUCAGUAGGCGUACUUAUAAAGAAUUUAACAAUAAGAGUAGAAAAAAUGAAACCUGCUGAUGUUACUGAGGAAGAAGAAAUGCGAGAAGAACCGGAACAAAUUCAUGCUCAAGCUUUGAUAGUUACUGAAACCAAAAUGGAAACAGUGGCUUCCAGUAGCAAUUUUAAUAAUAAUCAUCAACAAAAGUCUUCUGAUGGAGGAGACGAAUUUCAUGAAGAGGUUCCAGAAAUUCAUAGACAAAGUUAUGAGGCUGAUUAUAAGGAUAAUGGAAAUGGUUUAGAAACCGUGAAAAAAGCCUUCUCAUUGAUGGGUUAUGCUAGCUUAAGUGAGGAUGAAAGCCAAAGAAAAUUGCAAGGCGAAGUUGUUUAUCGGAAGCGUAAUAUCAGGCGACAAAGUUUUCAAUUGAUGGCGGAACUUAAGCGAUUGAAGACUAUGUAUAAAACCACUCUUGAUGAUGCAGAAAUUGGCAAAUAUACAAAUAAGACAAACAAGUAUUUGUCAUGUGAAUCAUCAUCGAUACCAACAGAAGCAGAUGUACAAUAUAGCGAUAAAGGUUCCUACGCAAAAGCACAAGCUGCAUUUACAUCAAGCUCAGAUGAUGAAGAUAGCAUAAAGAAGAUGCAGAGGAAAAAAAGAAGGAAGCAGUUCAAACGAUUGAAUAAAAUUCUUCCGAGGGAAAUAGCUAAUGAUUAUAGACUAUGGAAGUAUUACAUUAAACGAUUUGGACUCUUCAGCAGAUAUGAGGAUGGGAUUAAAUUAGAUCGAGAGAGUUGGUUUUCUGUAACACCAGAAGAAAUAGCAAAAGAUAUAGCAGAAAGGUGUAGGUGCGACACAAUCAUAGAUGCAUUCUGUGGUGCUGGUAGCAACGCCAUUCAGUUUGCAUUUACAUGUGAAAGAGUGAUAGCCAUAGACAUCGAUCCUAAUAAAAUUAAAAUUGCUCGGCACAAUGCAGGAAUUUACGGUGUGGACGAUAGAAUAGAAUUUAUUACCGGUGAUUUCCUGCAAUUAGCACCACGUUUGGUUGCCGAUGUUGUAUUUUUAAGUCCGCCAUGGGGCGGCCCUGACUAUAUAAAAAGAAAAGUAUUUGAUCUCGAAAGUAUUAUACCUCCCGUUGGUGGAAAAGGUGUAUUUAAAGCAGCAAGAAAUAUCACGCAACAUGUGGCCUAUUAUCUUCCUAGAAAUACAGAUCCUCUACAGAUUAUCAUGUUAGCUGACAGGUAUGAUAGAGUGGAACUUCAGCAAAACAUAUUCAAUGGGAAGUUUACAGCUUGUACAGCUUACUAUGGUGAAUUGGCCAGAACGUAAUUUAAGCGAAGAAAUAAAAUAUAUCAGUAUACAUUUUUUCAAUAA